UACGUUGCCGUUGUGCAGUGUGGUUCUUUAUUCUACGGUGCACUCGGUGGUGUAAGUCCUGCACUUCGAGUAGUUUCUUUUCUCUCGUGCAAAGUACUUCAGCCACAGGUGCAUACAGCAUCUACAGCUAGACACAGCGCUGACCGUAUUCCGCCGGCGAGUCGUAAACGAGGUUGCAGCUGCGGAGACCCGGCACUUCGACGCGCUCUGUCGCCGUUGGCUGCGUUUUGGUACAUUGGUCGCUUCGCCACCCGUAUUUCACUUUCGGCCUGGAUAGAAGCCAAACCGCACUGGCACAGGACGGCUUCGAUUGCCCCACUACGCUUGCGUCGCCUAUCAUCUUCUAAUCAAUCGAGUGCACCGCCUUUGGCAGGGUCGUCUGCUUCCGACUCCGCCACACAACAACGCCGACUAUUCGAGCGCAACAAGUGGAAGUCUCGGAGCUCACGUGUGCACACAGCUACUUUCUCGCUCUUUCGCUCUGCGCACAUAGGCUGCAAUCGUGCGUCUUUGUUCUCCCGCGCAUUCGUGAACGGGCACAGAGCGCUGCCGACAUGGAGCGAAGGCUUCGCCGCGUCUUCGACUGCCUUGUGGUAGCGUGCAUCUCUUGCACCGGACUCCUGCUUCUGCCGCUGCUGCUGCUGAGCCUGCGAGCGCGCCAGUGGUUCUUUGUGCGAAUUAUGGCCGUGGCUGGCCGGCUGUGGCGAGACUACUUCCAAGACACUCGACGCGAAACGAUCGCGGCGCUGGACGAGAUCGAGUCUAGCGACCCCGAACUGCGCGCCGACGGUGCGAUUCGAGUGCUCGAGGUUGGCGCAGGCUCGGGUGCCAACUUGGGGUUCAUGCGGAGGAAGAUCAAGUACUGGAACGUCGACCCCAACACCGAGUUCCAGAAUUUCUUCCUCGAGACGGUCAAAAAGUAUCCCAAGGUGGAGAUGGAACGCUGGGUCGUCGGCUACGGCGAGGACAUGCACGACGUUCCCGACCAGCACUUCGACGCGGUGAUCGUGACGCACCUGCUCUGCUCCGUCCACUGCGCCGAGAAGGUGCUGCGAGAGUGCCGACGAGUAUUGGUCAAGGGUGGUAGGCUGGUGUUCAUGGAGCACGUGGCCCAGCCCAAGGGAAGCGUGGGCAGGAUAUUGCAGAACGUGCUGACCCCCCUGUGGUGUAUCAUCUGCUGCGGCUGCUGCCUGAACCGAGACUCGGGAGACGUCAUCAAGAAGGCCGGCUUCGCCGAGGUGCACUUGAACGAGACAAACGUCGACAUGCCCGUCAUCUUGACACGACAUGUGUACGGUUACGCUGUGGCCUAGAAGCGGCCCACGGCGGCCUAUGACGUCCAAAGACUGUGCGUUUCAUUGCUGCAGUAUUACAUGGCAGUCUUUGCCAUUCGCGGCGUUUUUCUUUUUUUUUUCGGUGCAUAAUUUAGAUAUUAAAGCUCUGGAAUUUUACCGCCCCAUUCAAAACACAAUAACUAACCUCUUUAUCGUUAAUGUACGAGAAAUGUAGCUCUGGUUCUCUUAUUUAUUUGAAAUCUGUUUGCGAAGCCUUGCGUCAGGUAAACGCUUUUUUUUCUUUUUUUUUUUUUACGGAGGCUAUCAUAGCUGAGUGCACACAGUGCUGCAAUAAUCAUCUUUUUUUUCUUUUGUCGUCUUAUCUUCUUUGGGCUCGUCGCACUAUUUUUUUAAUGAAUAAAUCCAAACUUAUGCAUCAAUCGCAUACAUUGCAUUAUAAGCCGUCGGUAACGGUAGUGAACGACAAGGUGGGCCGAGAUUCUCGAUUUUGUUAUCACAAUCAUGUGACGCAAACUUGUCAGUAGCUAUAUAUAACUUACGCGGGGCUGUUAAACAUUGUCGCAGGCAGCGCCUCCAUUAUGCAUGUUAAAUAACAUGUGCGCGACAUACCACAUAAAUUCUGUUGCCAUAUAUACUCUCGCAGAAAGUGCCUGUCAUUUGUAGCACAUUUUUAUUUUAGAGCAAAAGCUCUACUGCGCCAUGUCUCGCAAGGUCAUUCAUCGCGUCGCAAUGAGCUUGAGCCGCCGGACCGCGAGCAGCCGGAGCGCAAGUGUGGCAGGUGUGACGUCACGCCACGUGAUCCGGUGCGGAGAGGCGUCGCAGCUGCGCUCGCUCGGAGCCUCGCCGCUGCGGUACCACGCGACUUGGCGAGGGUUUAAUGGCUGCUUCGCCGGCGCUUGGUCGCUCAGUCUCGCCAUGUAUAGCGCGCCGGCUGGACCGUAUGUGCGUGCACUUCAGCGCAAGCGACAGGAAGACUCCAGUCAUCCAGUAGAUAUAGCUAGACGGCAGGCUGCGAAAUCUCAUUAAAAGGAAAGUUGGUUGCUGAAACACCGGAGCAAAGGGGGGCCAGAUUAUCACGUUAUAGAGAAGCUUACCGAGCGCGGAAGCCUGCAAUAAUGAAACACUGUUUGCAUAGUCUUUGCAAAACCAAGCCAAACAGACCGUUCGCUCGUGAUAACCAGGUUUACAAGCGUUAAACCUUAGCUAUUUUUUAAAUUUUUGUCGGGCCAGCUGAAAGUGCAUCAGCGCCGUGUAAGAGGGGGAAUGCCAGUACUGAA